UAUUAGUGGAGAAAGCACCGAAUUUUUGAAGACCUGAGGUACUCCGCAGGUAGAAGAUAUCUCGUGGUCCACAACUUGGUCUCGGACCACAUCAAAUAGAUCAUGAACAUAAAUAUUUAUUACUUAGUCAAAAAAGUAGUGUAGCAAGAAGGUCCUCUACUUUCAAUUUUAUGUAUGAUGAACUUCAUCAAGACAACUCUGCUCUACUCCCAGACUCAGCUGGAGCCCCAAGGAACCAACACAAGUAUCAUGGAAAAUGCCAUACUUACCUUCUCCACUACUUGAUCACUGUGCACAUGUUCCCUCCGUCCUACCACAGGCAUACAUGGAGGGAAAACUGGCUACGGCUCGGGUUUUCGGCGGAUAGGUUACAUAGCUGCUAUCACCUUUGGUUUUGGAUCCUGAAUGUCCUUAAUCGGUACACCUAUGCUUUCUCGGUC